GCUCGGUUCACGGAGGGUUUAAUCGCACUCUACCGCGUCGGUACCUCAACCAAUUAACACAACGAAUUGCGAGUGGUUUCUGUUGUGACUCGACACGAGCUGUGCACAAAAAUCGCGGCUCUUGCGCAUUCGCACAGCCCGAUUUUAGCCUGCUCCAGCUGACCAGCUGCCUGCGGUCGCGGCUGGCGCACGGCGCGUCCGGCUGGCUCGGCGCCCGUGUUCCAUCGCGGUGCCGCCGCAUGGCUGCGCUGGGGCCGCGAAACGGUCCGAGCCGGCUCUUGACACACCCGCAUCCGACUCGAGACCUCCGAGAACGCCGCCCCAAAACCACUCGCCACGACGUCGCCGCGCCGCACCCGCCUCACCCUCCCCCGUCAAACACAGGUCACGAUGCAGAAGCUCAUCGCCGCCCUCGCGCUCAGCGGCGCCGCGGGCCUCGUGGCGCCGUCGGCGCCGGCGCCGAAGGCCGCGCCCCGGCAGGCGCUCGCGGACCUCAAGGAGGGCGCGUCGAACCCCUUCCCCGACGGCUGGGACCCCGCCGGCCUCGCGGACCUCGGCACGCCGGCGACGCUCGCGUGGUUCCGCGCCGCCGAGAUCAAGCACUCGCGCGUUGCCAUGGCGGCCACGGUCGGCUGGAUCAUCAACGAGGCGGGCAUCACCUUCGACGGCGACAUCGCCUCGGGCGUGUCCUUUGCGUCGCUCGGCAAGGGCGUCCAGGCGUGGGAGAACGUGCCCGACGCGGGCAAGCUCCAGAUCCUCCUCGCGGCCGGCGCGAUCGAGACGGCCUCCGAGUUCCAGUCGCCGCACUACAUGAAGGGCGGCAAGCUCGGCUCGAUCCCGGGCCCCUUCGGCCUGCGCCUCUGGGACCCCGUCGGCCUCAUGGGCGGCCUCUCCGAGGAGGUCAAGGCGAACAAGCGCCAGAUGGAGCUCAACAACGGCCGGCUGGCCAUGAUCGGCGCGGCCUCGAUGUUCGCGGCGUCGUACGUCGACGGCUCCGUGCCGGCGCUGCCCGACUCAUGGUAGAAAGCUUGUGGUUUGGGGCGCGCGGCGGCGCCGAGGGUGGGGCUUGUGCGGGCGCGGUGGCGGCGGCGGGCGCCCUAGGAUCUUUAUAGAAUUCCGUUCCUGGUA